AUAAAAAAUUGAAACGAUGUUUUCGUUAAAUAAUAACUUAGAAUUGAGGAGAGUGACUAUAUCGAGUUUAGUGACAUGCAUUUACUUGCCCAGUAUCGUGACUGUUAUUUCAUAUAAAGGAUUAUUAUACUCAGUUGGAAAAGCCUCAUCUUUGUACGUUUUAGUUCUUAUAUUUGUCGCGGAAUUAAUGAAAUCCUUCUAUCUGAACUCUAAUAAUGAUAUUCAUGUCAAGAAAAAGGCUAGCAAGAGCCGUGCCGGUGAAAUUGUAAAAUCUUUUAUUUUCUUAUUGGGAGUAAAGUUUAGCUUCUUUGUAGGAAUCAUUUUGUUCGGAGCUCCUGUUUUAGAUUAUCAUGAAGAAACUCUAAUGUUGUCAUGUUUAUUAACACUACUGACAGUAUUCCCUUUGAUUGCUCAUACUGGAAUGGAAUUAGCGAUUCAGUUAUUGUUUGGUGUGAAAAACUUCUCUAGAGACACUAUAAUAGCCAUGUUAGUGAAUAAUGCGUUAUUGACAGUGUGUGGGGCGUGGCUCGGUGCAGUUGUCAUCCCACUAGACUGGAACACACCCUGGCAACAGUGGCCCAUUCCCUGUUACCUCGGAGCGAUCGGGGGCUAUCUUCUAUCUAAUGUUCUGACUGUGACUAAAGUUACUCUGAUGUCUGCAGCUAAUAAAUAUCCUGUACUAAAUAUAAUAGUGAAUAUGAUGAAUAGACUACAUAUUUCUAAGUAAUUUUAUAUAAGAUUUAAAUUAUUGUUGCAAUUUGUUAUUAAUAUAUUUAAUAGACUUACACAGUAUUUAUAAAUUAAUAAAUUGUUUUUAUAAUUGUAAUUUUUUUUUACACAUAUAUUGAUGUUUACUUUGAAGAUGUUAAUAUGAACUGAAUAAAGACCAAUUAUUAUUGUCAAAUUACGGGGUAAAAGCCUCCAGUAAUAUGGUAGGCUUCCGGUGUUGCAAGUGUCUAUAAACUACGGUAUACAACUUACCAUCAGGUAUAGGCUUUUUUUGCUGACCCAGUCGUGUAAAAGUUAAAAUGAUUUUAAGAUAUCUAUGACUUCACCGAGUCUUAAGUCUGAAGAAGCCAUAUUAUUCAAGUAUUAAUUUGCUCAAAAAGAAAAAAAAAACAAAGAAUUAGCAUCAUAAUUUUAAGUAGAUAAUACUAUGUAUCACUCUCACAAUUGGAAUAAAGUUUAAUAUAUUAGAUUCAAUUGAU